AUGGCUGAUAAGCAGAUCAGUCUGCCAGCCAAGCUUAUCAAUGGUGGCAUCGCUGGGCUGAUCGGGGUCACCUGCGUGUUCCCCAUCGACCUGGCCAAGACGAGGCUGCAGAACCAGCAGAAUGGCCAGCGCAUGUACACGAGCAUGUCCGACUGCCUCAUCAAGACCAUCCGCUCGGAGGGCUACUUCGGCAUGUACCGCGGCGCUGCCGUGAACCUGACGCUCGUCACCCCAGAGAAGGCCAUCAAGCUGGCAGCCAACGACUUCUUCCGUUAUCAGCUCUCCAAGGACGGGCAGAAGCUAACGCUGCUGAAGGAGAUGCUGGCUGGCUGUGGGGCGGGCACCUGCCAGGUGAUCGUCACGACCCCCAUGGAGAUGCUGAAGAUCCAGCUGCAGGACGCUGGCCGCAUAGCCGCCCAGAAGAAGCUCCUGGAUGCUCAGGCCCAGCUUCCGGCCCAGGGCGGGGCCCAGCCCAUGGCAGAGGCUCCGGCCGUCCCCCGGCCCACGGCCACCCAGCUGACCCGGGACCUGCUGCGGAGUCGAGGCAUCGCUGGUCUCUACAAGGGACUGGGGGCCACGCUGCUCAGGGAUGUUCCCUUCUCCAUUGUCUACUUCCCGCUCUUCGCCAACCUGAACCAGCUGGGCCAGCCGGCCUCUGGCGAGAAGUCUCCCUUCUACGUCUCCUUCCUAGCUGGGUGUGCGGCCGGGAGUGCAGCUGCUGUGGCCGUCAACCCCUGUGACGUGGUGAAGACACGCCUCCAGUCCCUUCAGCGUGGGGUCAAUGAGGAUACCUAUUCAGGGUUCCUGGACUGUGCCAGGAAGAUCCUGCGGCACGAGGGCCCCUCAGCCUUCCUGAAGGGCGCAUACUGCCGCGCCCUGGUCAUUGCCCCGCUGUUCGGCAUUGCCCAGGUGGUGUAUUUCCUCGGCAUCGCUGAGUCCCUGCUGGGGCUGCUUCAGGGCCCCCAGCCCUGAGUGCUGC